AUGGAAGGUGGAAAAAUGUACGAAGAGUAUCGAAUUAGCGAAGUUUGUUUAUAUUUUUCAAUUAAUAAUAAAUUGUAUCAAAUUUCAGUUAGUAAAUGAAACCUUGACCAAAGUGAUCGACAAAGCCCAGCACAAUCAUGAACGUUUAUCAUCAAUAAAAAGUAGGAACCAAGUUCCUUUUGAAGUUUCAAACAGUUUUUUUGUAGAACUACAAUCGAUAGAAGAAGUACACGAAUAUGAACAAUUGUCAAAAGAUUUAGAAGAGGAAUAUCGAAAAAGUGUGCAAGUUAUUGAAGAUACUUUUGAACCUGCUAGAACUCAUUGGAUUCAAUUACAAAAAUCGAAUAAACAAGGAUUGGCAAUAAGAAGUUGUUUUUUGUUAAUGUUGGAAAAAUAUCCACAUGUUAGACCAAUUUGGGGAUUUGGGAAAACUAUCGAUGAUGGAAAAGAUGAUGCUUGGAAACCUGAAUUGGUUGAAGAUUUUUAUUUUCGGUGAGUUUUUUCUAUUCCGUAAUUAAAAUCAAAUCUCAUUAUUUUUAGUCAUCACUGCGCCUCAUUACAAGCCGCAAUGAAUAUGAUAAUUAAAAAUAAGGACGAUCGGAAUGGUCUUCGUCGAAUGUUAAAUGAGAUGGGAGGCCAUCAUUUUUUCUAUGAUGCGUGCGAACCUCAUUUUGAGAUUUUUCGAGAAUGUUUUUUGGCUGGGAUGAAAAUGGUUUUGAAUGGUGGUGAUGCUUUAGAUGAGGAAAUUGAACAAUCUUGGAUUAUGGUAAAAUAUACAAAUUUUAGAAAAUACUAUAGUUGUUUUGUAGCUUUUGGAAACAAUUCGAACUCAUAUGAGUGAAGGAAUUGAGAUUCAACGUCUCAAUUAUCUUUCUCAAACAAUUAUUCCAGCUGAAAUGGAUGAGGUAAAAGAACAUUGGAAACGUGUUAGAGAGUUUGGACUGGAAAAAGCUGGAAUAAUUCUAUGUGACGUGGCAUGUAAGAAAUAUAAAGAGCUAAUUCGAAGUCACAAUCUUCGAAUGAAAUUGCCAAGCGGAGCAGAAAAGGGGUCAACAAGUUAUAAAUUAUUGGCAUCACAAAUUGUUCAAGCAUUUGAUCAAACUAUUGAAUCGUAUCGAGUUGAAGAUGGAUUUUGUGGAUUAGUUGAAAAUAUUCGAGAUUUUGUUGUAACAUUUUUAGUGGUUGAUGUUUCUCCUCCUCUUAUGCGACGUGCAAUCAUCGAAGGUAUGUUUUUUUUGUUGAAAAACUAUUUUUUUUCUAAAUUUCAGGACUUGUAUUCAUGCUAUCUCAAGUUCUUCGUAUUAGUCACGUUAAAGAAGAUUUUGUGCAUAUUUGGAAUAAAAUCUAUCGAGUUAUGGAACAAGCUAUGAUUGCAAAUAUUAUCGAUUAUUAA